CCGGCGGUGCGCAGCACUUUGCUGUCCCCAGGCCAUUGUCCCUUGGGCGGGGCCGGCCUGAGCCACGCCGCCCCGAAGUGCUGAGCUGGGAAGAGCGCUGGGUGCUGAUGCAGAGGACUGGCCCCCCAAGCGUGGAGGAGGCCGCCGGGGGCCCCGCCGCGGCCAUGGACGGCUACUCCAGCCCUGUACCUGCCUUCCUCACCAAGCUGUGGACACUGGUGGGGGACCCCGAGACCAACCAUCUCAUCUGCUGGAGCCCCAAUGGAGCCAGCUUCCACGUCCGUGAUCAGGGCCGAUUUUCCAAGGAGGUUCUGCCUAAAUACUUUAAACACAACAACAUGGCCAGCUUUGUGAGGCAGCUCAACAUGUAUGGCUUCCGGAAGGUGGUGAACAUUGAACAAGGGGGCUUGCUGAAGCCAGACCGGGAUGACACCGAGUUCCAGCACCAGUGCUUUCUCCGAGGGCACGAACACUUGCUCGAACAAAUUAAGAGGAAGGUGUCAGUGCUUAGGAGUGAGGAGAACCGGCUUCGCCAAGAGGAUCUGAGUCGGAUGAUCUGCGAGGUCCAGGUGCUUCGAGGACAGCAGGACAGCGCCGAGGGCCAGCUCCAAGACCUCAGACAGCAGAAUGAAGUCCUGUGGCGUGAGGUAAUGAGUCUUCGGCAGCAACACCAUCAACAACACAGGGUUAUGAAUAAACUGAUCCAGUGUCUCUUUAGCCCAAUUCAGGCUGGGCCCAGCAGUGGGGCAUCCAAGAGAAAACUGCCCCUGAUGCUGGCUGAAGGGACCGGAAUGCAUUCUGGAGUCAAAGUCAGCAGAACUUCUCUGCCUGAUCUUCCCUUGCAGGACUCCUACUUUAUUCAGUCACCUUCCACAGAAACGUCCUCCUGCCAUAGCAGCCGCAGAGAACUGAGGGAACCCAUCAUCUCCGAUGUCUCCGAUAUCUCUCCCUCCCCUGAAGAAAUCAUGUCACCUUCCUGUGACACCCAGAAGGAAAAGGAAGUGCUGCUCAAGGAAGAGCCAGCCAGCCCCAGGGGGAAAGGCACAGUUGCUCCACAUGUGGCCUCAAGCGACUAUGGCUUCUACAUGACAGCCCCACCUGUGAUCCCUGUGGCUGUAGUCCAGUCAGUUCUGGAAGACAAAGAGAGCUGCAACCCUGAGGGGCAGAGGAGUGCCCAGCAGCCAGAGAGGAGGGACCAAAGAGAGCCCCCAGACAGGGAGUUGGGGGAGCCCCUAGACGGGGAAGACCUGAGCCUGGAGAAUUUACAGCUGUUGCUUCGGGGCCAGCAGGGUACCUUGCCCGAGGGGGAACUGGAGGUGUUCAGCUCCGGCCUCUCUGGGAGCGGCCUCUCUGGGAGCAGCCUCUCCGGGAGCGGGAGCGGCCUCUCGGGAAGCGGCCUCUCCCAGAGCGGGAGCGGCAGCGGCCUCUCGGGGAGCGCCAUCUCGGGGAGUGGCCUAUCGGGGAGCGGCCUAUCGGGGAGCGGCCUCUCAGGGAGCGAGUGGAGCCUGCUGGAUAUGGAUGUGGGGCUGUCCCUGAUGCCCCAGCUCCCCAAAGACAUGGAGAAGCCUGAGACCGAGCUGAUGUCCAAAGAGCUGAACUCCCCGGACCCAGGAAAGGAUCCGGAAGCUUCCAGAAGCCCCCAAACGUUCACGAUGGAAGCCCACUCGAGCUUCGGAGCUACUGACUUCGGAGUCUCCGCUGUCCAGCCCCUUUAUGACCCCUCGCACACCCUGGCCCAGAACGGGACUCGGACCCCCUACCUGAAUCCUGGGGCUCGUCCCGACCCGUGAGGGAGGUCCCUGGGGGCGGGGCUGAUCCGAACGGUCCCGAGAGCUUCGGCCCCCCCCUCCGUAUUCUGGGGGGCUUGGUUUGGAUUCCAUCCCAUCCCCCUUCCUCCCCUUCCUCCGCACCUCCCGCACCCCACCCCAGGAGUUGCAAGGCCCCGAGCCUGAAUCAGCGAAGGUGCCAGGCAGGGAAUUAUGCACCUAGAGCCCCCGAGUGCGCUGAGCGCCCCAGGCAAGGAGACAGCCCUCCGCUGCUGCCCAGAGCUCCGCCUAGCCGCCGGCCGGCGCGGCGGGGCCGGAGGGCGGGGGCCCGGCCCGGAUUUCAUUGGCUCUGGGGCCCGCCUCCACCCCGCCUCCCACGUGGUCCCCGUCCUCCCCUACCAUCACUUGUGUCGCGGAUCCCAUGCACCUCCUUUGAGUGCUGGUUAUGAAUAAAUGCGAUGCAGUGUC